AUGCUGCAACCCUACGACUCAACCAAGAUCCAGUCUUGCCUCUCCGACCAGCGACUCAUAUUCUUCGGUGGUGCAAAAGCUUCCCAGAUAUUCUGGACUGUUGGGGGGAAAAUGGACCGCCAUGAAACUCAAAGUACCAGCCAGAGCCCUGAAACCAAUAUCACAGGUGCUACAAUUUUCAGCUCGGACGGCGCAGAGAUCAUUCAUGUCUGGGACUCUGCCUUCAACUCAACCCGCCAUGCCCUUGUGGGCGUCAGGCCAACAGGAAAGAACGAGGCUCAUGCAGACCACCCGUGGAUGAUCGACGAUGUUCACUUCUUUUUCACCGAGGAUGGUGUCCAUCUCACUGAUGAGGCUGCACCACUCCAUGCCGACAUCGUGUUGAAUUACUUCUGCAACAAGCUUCUCGGCGUGCCGUCCAAAAGUUCUCAAGCAUACUGUUGUGCCCCUUAUGUCGGUCCAAAUGCUGUGCAGAAGAUGCUGCUUUUCGUGGCUUCGUGUGCGAUCGUAUAUCACCUCUUGUCAUUCUUCGGAUGGGGCAAGCAUGUCACCAGCCAUGAAAGAAAUUGGUUCUCCUUCUCGGACGCACCCAGAGUCGGUGGCGCGGUGGCGACAGUCUCGCUUGCCGUGCUGUACUGCUUCACGGCGGAUCGUACUGCCUUGUUCGAGAAAGCUCCGAAAGCGGUUGAUCUGGGCAAAUUCGUCUGCGGGAUUGGCUUCGCACUGCUCGCAGGCCUGGCUACCCUCAAGCAAAAUCGGACCCAGCAUGAGCCAGCCGAUGAAAACAUGACCAUGCUACCAGAACACCGCCAAGCGCUUUCGAGGCAGCAGACAGAGGAGUGGAAAGGCUGGAUGCAGAUCGUCAUCCUGUUGUACCACUACUUUGGCUUGUCGAAAGUCCUCUGGGUCUAUCAGUUUGUCCGGCUGUUGGUCUCUUCUUACCUCUUCAUGACGGGAUUUGGCCACACCACCUAUUUCAUCACCACGAACGACUUCUCAUUCCGCAGAGUGGCGACUGUCUUGUUGAGGACUAAUUUGCUCAACGUCAUUCUCGCAUUCGUGAUGGGGACUCGGUACGAUCUGUACUAUUUCCCAAUGUUGACCAGCUUGUGGUUUCUCAUUGUCUGGGCAACAGUCCCUAGAACUGCAACAUCUGGAGUGGACAUGCAUCGAUUUAUCCGCCGGGUUGCCAUAUCUGUGACGUUGGUCAGACUCACCCUAGGGGCUAGCAAUAUCAUCGAACCGUUCAUCGCCGCGCUCAACAAUACAGGCUUGGGACUUCCGGAAAUAGACGGACGGGAGCUUUUCUUCAGAUUUGGCCUCGACGCGUACAUUGCCUUCAUUGGCAUGAUCGCAGCCGUUCUUUAUGCAGAGCAAGACAAUUGCUACAGCCUCCUAUCCCAUAAAACUGCGGCGGUAUCCUUCCUCUGGGCGCAGCUGACUUCGAGAUUGACAGCAUGGGGUGCCGCGUUCGUCAUUUUAGCAUACUCGAUAUUCUGCGCCUGUUUCCCAGACAAGUUUCGUUACAACGCAUGGCAUCCAUUUCUCUCACCGUUGCCGGUGCUGGCUUUCAUUGUCCUCAGAAAUUCGACACGCAAAUUGUCGGCCUCUCACAGUCGACUCUUUGCAUGGUUUGGCCGAUGCUCUCUGGAGACCUUUGUCUAUCAAUAUCAUAUACUGCUCGCUGCCGACUCUCGAGGCGUACUUCGCCCAAGGCUAGUCUGCAAAUUCGUCGGUCGACAGACCUGCCGAGACGUCUUUGACGUUCUGGAAACUGCAAUUGUGGUUGCCGUGUUUCUUUGGAUGAGCGCUGCUACGACGAAUGCCCUGUCCACACUCACCAAAAGCCUUGCUGGCCUCGGUCCUAAGGUGCUGUUCACAUUUAUUGGCCUAUGGAUACUCAACCUGACGUGGGACUCCUCGGCCGCUAGAACCGCACAAUACUAG